GUUCAAAUUAUGUAAUGCAACGGCAUAUGUGUGGAUGAGAAGGGAGAGGGACCAUGUUAUUUUUCUCCGUGGUUAAACUGGAUUUACAGUACCGGGCUCGCGCUGUCCCCAAUUGAGUGGCAUUAUCAUGUACGGCGAUGGAGAGGGCACUGUUUGGGACAGAGUCGGACGCCCCCGACGGGACUGCAUGUGCUACCUCGGACCUCCGACAACUUUGAUGCCCAUCGGGAUGCGGAAGUCUCCCGAUGUGAGUCCCAGACGGCUUUCGGACAUCAGCCCCCAACUGAGACAACUAAAGUAUCUGGUUGUGGACGAGUCUAUCAAAGAAGACACUUUAAAAUCGUCCCGUUCCUUUGAAGACAUUAACAGCGCGUCGAUAGAGGAGAGGAUCUUGAGGAUCACUGGAUACUACGGCUAUCAACCUUGGAAUGCUGUCUACACCAACAGAGAAGACCGUCCCAGAGAGAAUGUGGUGGGCAGCACAGCGGACGGCCAGGCGGCAAACGGCGGGGCGCCGGGGGCGGAGCCUGCUACGGGGAGGUGGAGACUUCGUUGCUGCAUCAAAGUCACAGCCGUACAGGUGCGGAAGGCGCUGUGGGGCAUUGCCAUGGUGAUGUGUGUGUGCUCAUCGUGGGCGGGGUCCACCCAGCUGGCCAAGCUCACCUUUAAGCAGUUUGACGCUCCAUUCACCCUCACCUGGUUCGCCACCACCUGGAACUGCCUGUUCUUCCCCCUCUACUACAUCGGACACCUGUGUAAGAGCCCUGAGAGACAGACCCCCAGACAGAGGUUCAGGGAGUGUUGUCGGUUCUUUGGGGACGACGGGCUGACAGCCAAGGUGUUCUUCACUAAGGUGGCUCCAUUUGGAUUGCUGUGGAUCCUCACCAAUUACCUGUACCUACAGGCCCUGAGGAAGAUCAACACUACAGACGUGUCAGCUCUGUUCUGCUGCAACAAGGCCUUCGUAUUCCUGCUCUCUUGGAUCGUACUGAGAGACCGCUUCAUGGGGGUCAGGAUCGUGGCGGCCAUCUUUGCCAUCGCUGGCAUCGUGAUGAUGACCUACGCUGACGGCUUCCACAGCCACUCUGUCAUGGGGAUCACCUUCGUUGUGGCCUCCGCUUCUAUGUCUGCACUCUACAAGGUGCUCUUUAAAAUGGUCCUGGGCAGUGCCAAGUUUGGGGAGGCAGCGCUCUUUCUGACGAUCGUCGGCGGGGCUAAUUUUGUGUUCAUCAGCUUUGUGCCAGUCAUCCUGUACUUCACCCAUGUGGAAUACUUUGGUUCUCUUGAGGACAUCCCCUGGUUAUACCUCUGUGGGGUAGCAGGCCUGCUCUUUGCUUUCAAUAUCCUGGUGAACUUUGGCAUUGCCAUCACGUACCCCACAUUAAUCUCUCUGGGCAUCGUCCUGAGUGUCCCUGUCAAUGCCAUGGUUGACCUGUACACAUGUGAGAUCCACUUCAACGCAGUGCGUCUGAUCGCCGUGUUGAUCAUCUGCCUGGGCUUCCUGAUGUUGCUGCUUCCAGAGGACUGGGACCAGUGCUUCAUCCAGCUCCAUGCUAAGCUGCAGAGUAAACGGGAGGAACCAGCUGAGGAGGAGGCAGGGCCCGGCUCCAGCCUCAACUGGAGCAGGAGAGCAAGGCCCUCCAUGUCUACCUUUACACACUGACCACUGUUUAAUGUGGAGGGAUGGACGGACACACUGAAACAGACAGGCAGAGGCAAACACGCACACGAAUGGAUGAAUGGACAGAUGGACAGAUACAGACACACAUACAGUGUACAGACACACAUACCGAUACACACACACACACACACCUUGGACACUUGAUUGCCAUGAUGCCCUGCAUGGUCGACCUCUGCCCUCCGCCCUCUCUCUUUCCCCUUCCCUCUCACUAGUU